UUAUAUUUUAAAUUUGACAAUUAUUCCGCCGCAAAUAAAAUUCACAAUGCUUCAAAAACUUCAAAAACUGUACAAACCAUCAAUUUCACCCGAAAGAUCACUUGACCCAGAAGAACUGCUCCUCAAAUGGGCAAAGUGGCCCCUAUUAGGCGUCCAGUUCAACGGAUAUCUUUCAUUCUCAGUGAGCUCCCGCAAAUUUAAAAUGGACAUAAAAUCUGCACCCAAAGAUUGCAAAAAAACCUUGCAAUUUAAUUUCUUCAGCAUACCAUUCCUGUUCCAUCUCCUCUUCGUAACGACAUUCUCAGUCGUCACGAUCCUCUGGGGCCAUGAGAAUUACGGUGCGUUUACGCAUUUAAGAAAGGUCUCCCCCGACUUCGUAAUUAUGGCGGGUAAUAUGAUCUGCGGUUUCAGUUAUACGAUCGGAAAUCGAAUCUGGAGUUUGCUCUGUAGCAAGAAAUACCUCGCAUUUUGGACUUAUCAAGUCGACAAGAUUGCCCUUAUCACGCCUAAUUUAUGGGAUCCAAAUACCGUCUUAGAUUUACAGAAAAAAAUUCGCACUUCCUUUUUUCGCACAGUCUUCCUCCUCUGCACCGUCACAUUCUCAUUGUUGUUUAGCAAUUUGAUUUUAGUGGACACCUUGAAAAUCUCAAAUCAUGGCAUUAUUACGAGUUCGUACCUGAAUAAGAGCAGGCAAAUCGUAAUUGUCGGAUUACUGGGAACAUAUUGUGUCUUUUCUCAUGUUUUUUUCUCCAUCUGGUUGAAUUUCUUUGUUAAAACGUAUUCCGCGGCGGUGUCAUCGCUUCGGGUAGAGUUGGAGGGCUGGAGUAUUUCGGGAGCAAAAAUUUCCAGACUUUCGAAAAAUUAUAGCAUUUUGAUUGAGCUCGUGGACCAUUUUAAUGAUCGGAUGGGAAGAAGAAUAGUUUUGGAAGUGGGAUUCAACCUAAUUUAUAUUCUGGCCUCGACCUACCUCGCCAUAGUUUCUGGUAAGAUGGGCGACAUUGGAGCGGUGCUUACCACGGUUAUGUGUACCCUGUUAUCGAUGCAAGUUUUGUACGAGUACGGGAAUGAUGGUGAAAAUUUGGAGGUCGAGAGAGUAAAAUUGGUCAAGUUAUUAUGUGCUGUGGAAGAAGGGGAGGGACAGUACGAGAUCGGUGUGGCGAAUAAGAUUCGUGACUUUCGCAGAAAGGUGACAACAUGUAAACUGCGGAUAACACCGGAAAAUUUCUUUACACUUGACAGAAGUUUCAUUCUUUCGAUUUUGUCCAUCUUGAUGACUCUGCUGAUCGUAUUAGCUCAAUUCAGAGACUCGGAAGUAGAAAAAGUUGGGGUUAAAUAAUUACGUAAUGAAUUUUAUUACUGUAUUUGGGGCUAAAAUCUAAUA